GACUCGUUGCGCGUGACGUUUCCGGCCGGCUCCUCUUUCUCUCCUCCGCUUCCCCUGCAGAAGGUCCUUCUCUGUGCUCCAUCAUGGCGAACGCCGUUGAUACUAAACUCUACGACAUCCUCGGGGUGCCCCCCAGUGCUUCUGAAAACGAGCUGAAAAAGGCAUACCGCAAGUUAGCAAAAGAAUACCAUCCUGAUAAGAAUCCAAAUGCUGGAGAUAAGUUUAAAGAAAUAAGCUUUGCCUAUGAAGUACUGUCCAACCCAGAGAAGAGAGAACUGUAUGACAGAUAUGGAGAACAGGGGCUGCGGGAAGGUGGUGGAGGAGGUGGUGGAAUGGAUGACAUCUUCUCUCACAUUUUUGGAGGUGGUCUCUUUGGGUUUAUGGGUGGUCAAAGCAGGAACCGAAAUGGAAGACGAAGAGGUGAAGAUAUGGUUCAUCCACUCAAAGUUUCCUUGGAAGAUCUCUACAAUGGGAAGACGACAAAAUUACAACUAAGCAAGAAUGUUCUUUGUAGUGCCUGCAACGGCCAGGGUGGAAAAACGGGAGCUGUCCAGAAGUGUGUGGCUUGCAGGGGCCGUGGUAUGCGUGUCAUGAUCAGACAGUUAGCUCCAGGCAUGGUCCAACAGAUGCAGUCAGUUUGUUCUGAUUGUAAUGGAGAAGGUGAGGUUAUUAAUGAAAAGGAUCGCUGUAAAAAAUGUGAGGGUAAGAAAGUCGUCAAGGAAGUAAAAAUCCUGGAAGUUCAUGUAGACAAAGGCAUGAAACAUGGACAGAAGAUUACUUUCGGUGGAGAAGCUGACCAGGCACCUGGUGUGGAACCUGGAGACAUUGUCCUUAUACUACAGGAGAAGGAGCAUGACAUAUUUAGGAGAGAAGGCAAUGACUUGCACAUGACCCAUAAGAUUGGCCUUGUUGAAGCACUUUGUGGAUUCCAGUUCACAUUGAAACACUUAGAUGGAAGGCAGAUUGUCGUCAAAUACCCUGCUGGAAAAGUUAUUGAGCCAGGCUCAAUCCGUGUGGUGCGAGGUGAAGGCAUGCCACAGUACCGUAAUCCUUUUGAGAAGGGUGAUCUGUAUAUUAAAUUUGAUGUGCAGUUUCCUGACAACAACUGGAUCAGUCCAGAAAAAAUGACGGAACUGGAGGAUUUACUCCCUGCUAGAGCUGAAGCCCCCAGUGUUUGUGGAGAAAUAGAAGAAGUUGAUCUUCAGGAUUAUGAUGUGAAACAUGGAUCAGCAGGAGGGCACAGGCGUGAAGCUUACAACGACAGCUCUGAUGAAGAAAGUGGGCAUCAUGGCCCAGGGGUACAGUGUGCCCAUCAGUAAACACAUGAGAAAACUUAAGUUGCACAGAAGGGUGUGGUUUCAGAUUUUUUCUGGGUUGGAUUUGCCAUGUUUUCCUGUGAACAAUCCAGAUUGGAUCUAAGGUCAUUUCUUUCUGCUCUAUGUGUAACUUACAUUUUGUCAUAGUAUUUACAGAGUUAAUAUAAACUAACCAUAAAUGCAGAUGUUUUGCCUCAAACUCAGAACUUUGUCACAGAGAUUUGAGAAGGGGAGAGAAAUCCUUUAAAAAGAAACAAAUGUUCAUUACCACAAUUUUAGGUUUCUGUCUGUAUUUGUAUCUGUGCUUGAUUUUUAUGAGUUUCUUUGUAGAUUUUUAUUUUCUUUUCUUUCUGUGUAUUUUAAAAUUGAAAAACCUUGUGUACAAAAGUGUCAUUAAGCUUUGUAUUGGCUGCAGUCACACAAGCUGCUAUUCUAAAAUAGAAUAAACAAUUCCAUAGCCUGUAUCGGUCUUUAACCCAGGUGCAUGUUAGAAAGCAUUGGUUUUCUGCACUGAUGAGCAAGAUAGAAAAGCCCUUAAGAUGUAAAAAUAGGGGAUACCAGUUGUUGGUGUUUUACUUCUGUGAAAGAAAAGUUUCUGAAGUUGAUAAAUAAAAUAUUCUUCAAAAUCUUCUGAGUAGCAGAGCACGUCAUUUGAGAAGUCAAUUAAGUCUUCAUUGAACAGGAUACUGAAGUCUCAAGUCUGUUUGUGUAGGCUUUAUAACUGCAUAACAUUAUGGAACAUUACUCCACCAGCUAUUAGUGAAAUGAAACCCAAUUUUGUUUAAAAAUGUUGUCUGCAGAUAAAUCUGUUUAAAUGGUGCUGAUGGAAAACCUAGUCAGGGCCAAAUUGCUUUCCUGAAUAUUAGUCCAGCAGACUUUUGCCCAGCAAGUGACUAAGAGGGUUUUAAUUGAAACUGGUGUUAGGCAAAAUCUCUACAAGAAAUGACAGUUUUGAUUAAGCUGAUUUUUGAUUGGGAUGGAGGCUGUCCUUUUAGAAAACUGCUUGACAGAAGAACAAGAGUAAAAAGUCUAGAGUCUUGUCAUAGCUUUACAUAGUUAAGUCAAUCACAGUGUUUGUCAGUCUUGGUUAUGGGAAAAUUGUGGUCUUUACUUUUGGAAUGAUUGUAACUUUAUUUCUGCUUCUGCACUUUAUGGGGUUUUUAAGUGAUAUGAACCUGAUACCCAUGCUGGAGUUUCAGAACUUCCCUACUUCACCUGUUAACUGAAAUAAGUGUCUAAGUAAAAAACAUGGAUGCUUGGUAGGGAAUUAUCAUACCAAUCAUCAUAAGUGAUAAGUUAAGGACAUUUUUGCAAGAUGGCAAAUUUAAAUAGCAAGUUAGUUGACACUACUGUAUGUAGUUGGAAGUAAUGUACUAUGUGGCAUUUUUGACUCUAAGGACAGCUUACUGUCUAAUCAAGCAAGUUUAUCAGUUAUAUGCAUCAAUUACCAGAGGUGAUUAAUAGCCCAGUUGGAAUGAAAGCCAGACAACUGUUCUAUCAAGACCAGGAAUAAGAACUGCUCUUCUUGAGAUUUAAAAAUAAAUUUAGAGAUUCUCAGUCUGGUUUUUGUUCAAACUGAGCUCUACUAUAGCACUGUUUAUGAAGCUUUUUCCCUAAUUUGCUUGUUUAGAGUUCUGGUUUACCCUGCACUUAAAUCCUGUAUUUUUAAAGAUACUGCACUUGCUUGCCUUUUCUUCCUAAACAGGUGGUAAAUUAUAACUAUAAUGAACCAAACAUAGGGAAUGACAAUAGGUAAUGCCAGACUAAGUCUUAAAUGUCAAACUGAUACAGGGUUGGUAAUUAUAAAUUCAGUCUUGAGAGCAGAAGCCAAAUUUUAUAAUAUGCCCUAUAUUGUAGAAAAAUUAAUGAAGCUGACAAGAGUGUGACUUGAGCAGGAACCAAGAGACCACAGUCUACUGCACCCAGGAUUGGUACCACUGCUCUAGAACUUUGAUUUCUCUUGCACCCCUAUAAGAAGUUAGUGUGCACAUUGUAUUCCUGUAAAAUAGACUGGAUGGAUAAAAGGUGUACAUUGUUUAACAAAGUGUAGCCUUCAUACAAAGAAUCCUGUGUACUGUGAUAGCUUGCCUUCUGUUUAGUACAAAGGCUGUCAUGUAAAUCAACUGUAGCCUGGCCUGGUCCUGUAGAUCCACAACCUAACAGAUUACAGGUGAUCCUCAGCUCAAUUGGUAAUGAUUCAUAAUGGGUCAAUCAGACACUGUUCAACAGAAUGACACUGUUGUUCAAAUGCUACAGCCUGCUGCUAUUUUAAUUUUCCAUGAAAAACUAGACCUGCUUAAGUGGUCAAAUAAAUAUCUUCCAUGCAUUCCUAAAGUGAUAAUUUAAGGGUAAUCAUGCUAGAUUGUGGCUUUUCAGGACAAGAGUCAACCAUUGACUUUCAAGGCAGUUUUAUCAUCAUUACAUGGAAUUUCCUUCGCCCAUGGUAACAGCUUUGUGGUGGAGUUACUGAAUCACUCAUUAUGAAAGAUAUUAACCUAAUAAACUGCAGAACAUAUUUUGCAUUUAUCCAAACUGUAGAAGCCUGUUUAGAAAAUCUUGUAAUUAAAAUAUUCAGUCUUGAUGCACAUGUUUACUUGUACAAUAAAAUGUGUUAUGUCA